UUUGCGCUCCGUGGCCCCGCAUCCCUGGCGGUGACUCCAGUCCAGAGUCCGCCAGGGCUGAAGCUCGCGCUACGGGUGGCAGUCGAGUUCCUGCACGCAGACAAUGGAGAGCGCGCUGGCUUUUCCUCGGCUACCGCCGCACGACCCGGGGACGCCCGCGUUGUCGGUGGUGGACAUGCACACGGGCGGUGAGCCCCUGCGCGUCGUGCUGGCUGGGUGUCCGCAGGUGGACGGCCCCACGCUGCUGGCCAAGCGGCGCUACAUGCGCCAGCACCUUGACCACGUGCGGCGACGGCUCAUGUUCGAGCCCCGGGGGCACCGGGACAUGUAUGGGGCCGUGCUGGUGGCCAGCGAGCUGCCCGAAGCGCACCUGGGCGUCCUGUUCCUGCACAACGAGGGCUAUAGCUCUAUGUGCGGUCACGCCGUCCUGGCGCUGGGCCGCUUCGCGCUGGACUUCGGGCUGGUGCCCGCGCCCCCACCCGGCGCCCGCGAGACCCGCGUCAACAUCCACUGCCCCUGCGGGCUGGUAGCCGCCUUCGUGGAGUGUGAGGGUGGCCGCAGUCGUGGCCCGGUGCGUUUCCACAGUGUCCCGGCUUUCGUGUUGGCCACAGAUCUUCUGGUGGUCGUUCCCAGUUAUGGAGAAGUGGUAGUAGACAUUGCAUAUGGUGGUGCAUUUUAUGCAUUUCUUAGUGCUGAAAAGUUAGGACUGGAUGUUUGUUCUGCAAAGACAAGGGACCUUGUGGAUGCAGCAAGUGCAGUAACAGAAGCAGUGAAAACUCAGUUUAAAAUCCAUCAUCCUGAUAGCGAAGACCUUGCCUUUUUGUAUGGAACUAUAUUAACAGAUGGAAAAGAUGCUUAUAGUGAGGAACCAACCACCAACAUUUGCGUUUUUGCAGAUGGACAGGUGGACAGAAGCCCUACCGGCUCAGGAGUGACAGCCCGAAUUGCCUUACAGUAUUACAAAGGCCUUCUUGAACUGAACCAGGCCAGAGCCUUUAAAAGCAGUGCAACUGGCUCAGUAUUCACAGGGAAGGCUGUGAGGGAAGCAAAAUGUGGUGAUUUUAAAGGUGUUAUAGUGGAAGUAUCUGGACAAGCUCACUACACGGGCACAGCAAGUUUUGUGGUAGAAGAUGAUGAUCCACUGAGGGAUGGAUUCCUUCUCAAGUAACUCCUUUGACUUAUGUAUAAGGGCUUUCUUUUUAAAGCAUAAGUAAUUUUCCAUAAGUAAUUUUUCUCUAAAUUAUGUGAAAAAUUAUAUCCCAGUUAUGUGUGUGAGACAACCUCCAUCCUUUCUAACAUAGUAUGCUGUAGUUAAAUAUAAAGUCAGUAUGCCCCUACUUGCAUAUGUAUGUUGGUGAAAAUAUCACAAGCUUUCAGAAUCUCUUUCUGGUUACUAAAAUAUCAGAUACAUUUAAAACUUUAGUUCUUACUACUUUAAAAACAUAUGACUAUGGAGAUUUCUAUUGAUAUAUUUUUACGUGUUCUUUGAAUAAUAGCUUGAAUUGUAGUCCUUACAGUGACUCUUACUAUUUACAUUAUUUUACUCUUCAGCUUUCCUGUAAAAUAAUGCCCUCUUUUUAAGCAGCAGGUAAGGGAAAUGAAUUAUUCUAAGGUACUCAUCAUUCAAUUUCUCAAGUCAGAUUACUUUGAAAAAAUGUAGUUAAGGACCCUCCCUGAAGGCACAGCACUGUGAAGCUAUCACAGCCACUG